CUUAGAUCCAUGAGGACAAGCCCUGCACGUCUGCGGCAUUCAUCCCUCGAUCAGGACGACUGUUUUCCUUAUCGAUCGGCUCCCACCGAACGUGCGCGCAGGGACCGUGGAAUCCUCGUGGGCCCGUCACCUGUCUGAAGAGGGACGCUAUGAUGAGGGACAUGCCACUCCGAGUGCACGUGCUACUGGGCCUUGCUAUCACGACGCUGGUGCACGCUGUAGACAAGAAGGCGGAUUGCCCACAGUCAUGUACGUGUGAAAUCAGGCCGUGGUUCACACCCCGAUCUGUUUACAUGGACGCGUCCACCGUGGACUGUAACGACCUGGGCCUUUUACAUUUCCCCGCCAGGUUGCCUGCCGACACGCAGAUCCUGCUCCUGCAGACGAACAACAUUGCGAAAAUUGAACACUUCAUAGACUUUCCGGUGAACCUGACUGGCCUGGACCUAUCGCAAAACAAUUUAUCUUCGGUCAACACUAUUAAUGGAAAAAAGAUGCCUCAGCUUCUUUCUGUGUACCUAGAGGAGAACAAACUCACCGAGCUGCCGGAAAAAUGUCUGUCCGGACUAAGCAACUUACAAGAACUCUAUAUUAACCAUAACUCGCUGUCUGUGAUUUCGCCGGGAGCCUUUGUAGGCCUCCGUAAUCUCCUUCGACUUCAUCUCAAUUCAAAUAGAUUGCAGAUGAUCGACAGUCAGUGGUUUGACGCCCUUCCCAACCUGGAGAUCUUGAUGAUUGGGGAGAAUCCAAUCAUCAGAAUCAAAGACAUGAACUUUAAGCCACUGAUCAAUCUUCGCAGCCUGGUUAUAGCUGGUAUAAACCUCACGGAAAUACCGGAUAAUGCCUUGGUUGGACUUGACAACUUAGAAAGCAUCUCUUUUUAUGACAACCGGCUUCCAAAAGUGCCCCAUGCUGCGCUCCAAAAAGUUGCAAACCUCAAGUUUUUGGAUCUCAAUAAAAAUCCCAUCCACAGGAUACGGAGGGGUGACUUCAGCAAUAUGCUACACUUGAAGGAGCUGGGGAUAAACAACAUGCCGGAGCUGAUUUCCAUCGACAGUCUUGCCGUGAAUAACUUGCCAGACUUAAGAAAAAUAGAAGCGACCAACAACCCCAGGCUGUCCUACAUUCACCCCAAUGCAUUCUUCAGGCUACCCAAGCUCGAAUCACUCAUGCUCAACAGCAACGCCCUCAGUGCCCUGUACCACGGCACCAUCGCGUCCCUGCCAAACCUCAAGGAGAUCAGCAUACACAGCAAUCCCAUCAGGUGCGACUGCGUCAUCCGCUGGAUUAACAUGAACAAAACCAACAUUCGCUUCAUGGAGCCAGAGUCACUGUUCUGUGUGGACCCCCCCGAAUUCCAAGGCCAAAACGUCCGGCAGGUGCAUUUCCGGGAAAUGAUGGAAAUCUGUCUCCCUCUCAUAGCGCCAGAGAGCUUCCCUUCUGACCUGGAUUUGGAAGCUGGGAGGCAUGUCUCCCUACACUGCCGCGCCACUGCAGAGCCACCGCCGGAAAUCUACUGGGUGACCCCUUCGGGGCAAAAACUCUUGCCUAACAGUCUGACCGACAGGUUCUAUGUCCAUUCUGAAGGCACACUAGAUAUAAGUGGCAUAACCCCAACAGACGGGGGGUUAUAUACUUGCAUAGCAACUAACCUGGUGGGUGCUGACUUAAAGUCUGUUAUGAUCAAAGUGGAUGGUUCUUUCCCCCAGGAUAACAACGGAUCCUUGAAUAUUAAAGUGAAAGAUGUUCAGGCCAAUUCCGUUCUGGUGUCUUGGAAAGCAAGUUCUAAGAUUCUCAAAUCCAGUGUCAAGUGGACAGCUUUUGUCAAGACAGAAACCUCGCACGCCGCCCAAAGUGCUCGGAUACCCUCUGACGUCAAGGUAUAUAAUCUUACUCAUCUGAACCCAUCAACUGAGUACCACAUCUGUAUCGAUAUCCCCACCAUCUAUCAGAAACACAGAAAACAGUGUGUCGAUGUCACCACGAAAGGGUUGGACCCCAGUCAGAAAGAGUAUGGCAAGGGUAACACCAGCACAUUUAUGGCCUGCCUUGGAGGCUUUCUGGGGAUUAUCGCUGUGCUAUGUCUUUUCAGUUGCCUCUCUCAUAAAAUGAAUGGUGAUGUUGGACAUGGCUAUGUGAGCAAUUACGUACAGAAACCGGCCUUCACGUUUGGUGAGCUUUACCCUCCUCUGAUCAAUCUCUGGGAAGCAGGCAAAGAAAACAGCACAGCGUUGGAAAUGAAAGCAACCGUUAUAGGUGUGCCAACAAAUAUAUCCUAAAAACAAAACAGAAAGCAACCAACCAGACCUACUUCAAAGAGAAGCUCAAGACUGUAUUUGUGCUUGGGGUGGGGGGAA